CUCACCGCUGUGUUUUGUAAACAAAACGUUACCGCAUGCUGCACGCGUGUGGUUUCGCAAUUCCAGCGUAAAAAUGAGAAGCAUACUGAAAAGUGUAAUUAAAAUAGGUGUUUCUGCACGUUUCGAGCUUUUAUUGCGACGCCACCUGUGUACGAAGGUGUCCAUUGCCGAUCCACAGCACAGCAGUGCCUUGCAACGGUACGAGGAUGAUCUGCAGGAUGAGUUCCACCAAGUGCUGCGCGAAGAACAGCAACGGUCCGUGCUCGAUCCGGUACCGGAUCCGAUGGCACUGGAAGCUUUCCCCAACACAAAACCCGCCUUUAACUUUGCGGCCUACGUAAACAAAUCACACACCCUGCAGCAGCUCGUAUCGCUUGGCGUGGAGCUGCACCGGCUGGAAAAGCGCAAAGGUAUCCCACAGUAUGUGCUUGGGCUAGAUUUUGAGCGAGACAUGAAGGCACACAUACGGUUCCUGGCGGACGUUGGUGUACCGGCGGAACUGUUGGGCGAGUUUCUCACUAAAAACCCGUUGAUUUUCAAAGAAGAUUUGGGGGAUCUUGAAACGCGAACGAAUUAUCUGGAAUCGAAACGAUUCCAACGGGAAGAAAUUGCACGGAUCGUGACGAACAACCCGUUCUGGCUUAUGCUCAACACCAAGCGGAUCGAUCGACGGUUAGGAUACUUUCAGAAAACGUUUCAGCUGGCGGGCAAUGAGGUGCGAACGCUAGCCACCAAACAGCCAAGAUUGAUCACGUACAACCUGGAGCAUGUACGUAAAAACACGUUCACCGUGCAGGAAGAGAUGGGAUUCGAGAAGGAGGAAGUAAAGCAGCUUUUGUUGAGCAAGCCGCGCAUUUGGAUGAUAAAAACGGAAGCGCUACAGUACCGAUUCGAAUACCUUCACCGUCGCAUGAAGCUAUCGCAUGCGGAAAUUCUGCAAACACCCGACCUGCUGCUCACACGCGACGUUCGGAUCAAGCAAAGACACGGGUUUUUGAAAUUUCUCGGCAAAGUGCAGUACGAUCCCAAGAAAGAGCUGUAUAUUCCGCUAAAAUCACUGGCCGUGGGUACCGACGAGGAGUUCGUUACAGAAGUGGCUAAAUCGAACAUGGAAUGUUACAAUCGCUUCCUGAAAACAAUCUGAAACACGCUGCUGGACGCAAUGGAAAGUUUAAUUUUUGAAACAAAACCAAACGAAGUGAAAAUAUAUAGAUAUAUGGUGCCGUAAUAGGGAAAAGCACAGUGUAAAAUG